AUAUUUUAAUUAAAAACAAAUACAAUUUCUUUUUUACCCUCACCCUCCCAAUCCCUCUUCUUCCCCUUCUUUCUUUCUCUUUCUUUCUUUCCUACCCUGGGUUGGUGGAAAGCUGGGUUCAUCGGAACUCAACAUAGAAACAUCCAACAUUUGGUAAAGACGGAAAGUAGCCAAUGGAGGGCUCUAGGCUCUGCGUGCUCUUACCCAUUUUCUUGCUCAACGAUGACUUGCCAAUGGAUAACUCCAGGCUCAAGAGGAACGUCAUCGGUAUGUUUCCGAAGCAGAUUGCGCUUGCCAUUUCCUCACCAACUUCAAUGUGGGUCUCCUGGGUCACGGGGGAUGCUCAGAUUGGCUCUAAUGUGAUUGCACUCGAUCCAUCAUGGUUUGCUGGGUUCGAUUGAAACCUAGAUCUCCUGGGUUCCGAUGAACCCAGCCUUGCUGGGUUUUGUCGAAACUCUGCUGGGUUCGGUUGAAACCCAGCCAACGAACCCAACCUGGGUUCGUUGAAACCCAAAUCUGCUGGGUUCGUCGAAACCCAGCCUUACUGUUUCGACGCAAUUUCCAUUCCUAGUUGUUAAUAAAUCUGGGAGUUGAUU